GUUUAAUUCUUGAAGAAUCAGUGAAGUUCUCUGUCUUUUUUGUUCUUUUUUUCUUUUUUGGGUGUAAAAAUCUCAUCUUUUUUCCUUUUUGGUUGUAAAAAUCAUAUCUUUUUUCUUUUUUAAGUGUAAAAAUCUUUUCUUUAUAAUGUUUUAGCUUGUAUACAAGGAAGGUGGUGAUUAAAAUGAAAAAAAAACUCAGUUUUUACUUGAAGAAAAUUUUUAAUUAGUUGAUCGAAACCCGGGUAGUAAUGUGGUACCCGGUUUGUUAUAUCUGGAUAAUUGGAUCUUUUUCUUCUUCUUGUAGGUGCAUUGGGUUUUGGUUCUUUUUUUUUGAGUAGUUAAGUAUUUGGAGCUUUUGUGGGCAAAAGAUUGUUUUUUUGUUCUUUCUUUUUUUAUUUUGAUAAUACCAAUGCUGGAAAAGAAGAUGACUCAAAAGGCCUUUGUAAAUGUUUACUUGCCUUUUUUUUUUUUGGUUUAUGUUUCUCAGAUAAUGAAAGAUGAGUUUUUUUUCCUUUCUUCUUUCAGGUAAAUUUAGCUCACCAUAACUUCUUUUCUUUUUUCAAACUUUUUUUUUUUGAGUCGAGGUCUAUCGUAAACAAUCUUUCUAAUUUUCGAGGUGAGGUAAGGUCUGAAUACAUUCUAUCGUCCCCAUAUACUAUUUGUUGAAUUAGACUGGUUAUGUUGUUGUACAUGAGUUUUAGUUCUUUUAUUUAUUUGUUUAUGUUAAAGUUUCUUGUUAAUGGAAUUUAGCUUUGAUUUUAAAGUUUUUCUGGUUUUUCUUUGUUUUGUAGUUAAAUUGGUUGAGGUGGACAGUGAAUUUCUCAGUCCUCUUGUACUAGGUUAUAUUUAUGAGUGGUUGGUUAUAUUUAGUCUUGUGAAAGUCAAAAUUUUGAUAUUGAAAUUAAUAGAUGCCUUUUAAGUUGUGGCCUUGUGGGGCUUAGUUGGUAUUUGACACUUUUUAAGGCUCUUCCUUUCCCCAGCUCAUACUAGUGGUAGUACUUUUCUCCGUCCCAUUUUAUAUGACACUUAAUUCGUCUUGAAAAAAUGUCUUGUCUUACUAUUUUUGUUACUCAUCAUUUUGUAACAGUUGUCACAUUAGUUGGUUAUUGUUAUUAUUCCAUUUUCUCUAUGUUAUGCUUUCCUGUUUUCUAUGUCCUCUUUACUUUUGUAUUUUUCCUUUAGCUGCUCUCGAAAACACUCUCUUUACUUCCUCGAGGUAGGGGUUUUAUAUGUCCUCUUUACUUUUGUAUUUUUCUUUUAGUUGCUCUGAUGUGCGUGUUUAGAAACAACCUCUUUACCUGCUCGAGUUAAGGGUAAAGUAUGUGUACACUCUUCCGUCCCUAGACCCCACUUAUGGGACUACACUAGGUUUGUUGUUGUAGGUUCUUCCUUUUGGUUAUUGACCAGCUUAUGUUAAUUGCAAGUGGAUGUUGGUGCAUUCAUUUGUGUAUAUCUGUGAAAUUUUAUAAUGAUGGUAGUGCCCUUUUUUAAAAAGAAUUAAUAAAUUGUAGGUUCUUGUGUACUUGGUCCAGUUAUUGAGCAUAUAUGGUUCGAUUGAUCAGGUGUGUUAUUGUACAUUAAGCAGCAUUGGUGUAAACAAGAGUAGUUCUAUUGGAUGCAAUGUUGAAGAAAGUAGUAUCAUGGUUGUUGUUUUUAUCGAUCGUUGAAUUAUGGGUUGUUGAUGGUUAUAUUGAAUGUCCUUGUGAUGAUAGUGAUGCAUUUUGGAGCAUGGAAACAAUGUUAUUUGUUCAAAAGGCCGGUGAUCUCGGUAUAGCAGUGGCCUAUUUUUCCAUCCCAAUCGAGAUCAUCUACUUCGUUACCUGUUCUAGUUUUCCGUUCAAAUGGGUGCUCUUUCAAUUCGGAGCAUUCAUUGUACUAUGUGGUUUAACACAUUUUCUCACCUUCUUGACUCAUUUUGGCAAAUACACAUUUCACCUUAUUCUUGCCCUUAUUGUUUGCAAACUACUCACUGCAUUAGUUUCGAUGCUCACUGCUAUAACACUUAUGAAUCUCAUCCCUUUGCUGCUUAAAGCCAAGGCAAGGGAAUUUAUGCUGAGACGAAAGAAUCGUGAUCUUGAUCGAGAAGUUGGAAGAAUAAAACAAAAGGAGGAACUUGGACUGCAUGUUCGGAUGCUUACCAAAGAGAUCCGGAAGUCAAUUGAUCGUCAUACAAUACUCUACACAACUCUUGUUGAGCUAUCGAAGUUAUUGAGUUUGCAGAAUUGUGUUAUAUGGAUGCCUAAUGAGAACAGAACCGAGAUGAAACUGACUCAUGAUACUACAAGGGAAAAUGUUUCGAGUAUGUAUAAUGUGCCUAUCCCGAUCAGUGAUCAAGAAGUAAAAGAGAUCAAGGGGAGUGAUGAUGUAAAGAUACUUGGAGCGGGCUCCCGACUUGCUGCUGCAAGCAGUAGAGGGAGUUGUGAGCCAGAAACUGUGGCUGCUAUUAGGAUUCCAAUGCUGAUGGUCUCGAAUUUCGGAGGUGAAACUCAUGAGAUUGUCUCGCAAUGUUAUGCUAUCCUCGUUUUGGUUCAACCUAGUGGACAUGGUAGGUUUUGGCUUAACCAGGAAAUUGAGAUAGUCACGGCUGCAGCUGAUCAAGUUGCUGUGGCGUUGUCCCAUGCUGCAGUGGUUGAAGAAUCUGAGUAUAUCAAAGACAGAUUGACAGAACAGAAUCAAGCACUGCAAAAAGCGAGAGAGGAAGCUCUUAGAGCAAGUCAAGCUAGGAGUGCAUUUCAGACGGUUAUGAGCCAUCGGUUGAGAAGACCGAUGCACUCAAUUUUGGGUCUGCUCUCGAUGUUGCAGGAAGAGAAGUUACGAGAUGAACAACAGCUUCUUGUGCAUUCUAUAAUCAAAUCCAGCAACGUUGUCUCCACCCUGAUGGAUGAUGUUAUAGUUACUUCAACCAAGGAGAACGUAAAAUUCCCAUUGGAAAUGAAGCAUUUUCAGCUACAUUCCUUGAUACGAGAAGCUGCUUGUAUCGCCAAAUCUUUGUGUAUGUAUAAGGGUUACAACAUUACCAUUGAGGUUGAAAAAUCAUUUCCUAAUCAAGUCAUGGGUGAUGAAAGAAGAUUUUUUCAAGUUUUGCUUCAUAUAAUCGGAAAUCUUUUGAAUGGCACCAACGGAGGACAUCUUACCUUCAGAGCUCUCUCAGCAAGUGAAAAUGAUGUAAGUUGGAAAACGCCGAGAUCAAACUCAUCUAAUGACAUUGUCUAUAUCAAGUUUGAAAUUUGCACAAAAAUUAAUCGAUCUGAGUCAGAGAUCACCCCUGCUACUCCGACGUACUACAUUGAGGAGAUUGAGGAGAGUUUGAGCUUUGCUGUUUGCAGGAAGUUGGUUCAUUUGAUGCAAGGAGACAUCUUUAUAAUCCAAAAUUUAGAAGAUUUUGAUCAAGGCAUGGCUGUCAUUGUCGGAUUCCAAAGGCAGCCAUUAAUUCCCAUAGGCAUGUCCGAAUAUGUGGAAUCUUCUGAUCCCACAUAUCCACAUCCUGUUUUACAGGGUGUGAAAGUUCUGUUAGCUGACUAUGAUGAUUCGAAUAGAGCUGUAACAAGGAAGAUGCUCGAGAAAUUGGGAUGUAUCGUUACUGUAGUUUCAUCUGGAUAUGAAUGCCUCGGUGCUGUUGGCCCCAUUGUGUCCUUGUUACAAAUUAUACUUUUGGAUCUUCACCUGCCUGAUUUAGAUGGCUUUGAAGUUACCAUGAGACUUCGAAAGCAUCGAAGCCAGACAUGGCCUUUGAUCAUCGGUUUAGCUGCAAUUACUGAUGAAGAUAUCAGAAAAUGCCUGAAGAUUGGAAUGAAUGGUAUCAUCUGUAAACCACUGCUCUUAUCAGGACUCGCCGAUGAGCUUCAGAAGGUUCUGCUUCAUGCAAACAGAGGAAUGCGAUGAUGGUAACUAACGUUUACGAUAGAUGAUAGUAAGGUACAAAUAUAGUAGAUGUAAAAAUAGAAAAAAUGUAAAAAGUUUCAGCAUACUUAUGUUUAAGUACACACCUUGAGUACUGUUAAAUGGUAUAGAUACUUUUUGUCUUCUU